ACUUACCCCUCUCACAGGGUGUGCCCUCUUACUGCUGUACCGCAAGAGAGACAGUCCCACAAGUGUCGCGGGCUGGGACCAGUUCGCGAAAGGGUAUCUGGGAAAUGUAGUCCACAGGCAGGGUGCAGGAUGGGAAAAGAUGCUGUGACUCCAAGCCGGGCUGGCAGAGGCGUUUGGGAGUACGAGCUCGCGGCACUACGCAGGCGCUGGCUCUGUGGCUCGCCAUCGUCGCCUUUGUUUGCUGGCCAGUUUCCUUGUGUAUCUCCAAGAGCUGUACUUUACCCUUCAAACCUCAAGCGUUCUAAGGACUCAGCGGGAGUGUCGGAUGCUGCUUUGAUUUCUAGAAUAUAGCAUCACAGUCCUGUAUCACUUUUCUGAUUAUAAGUUUAAAGUCAGCAGUUCAAACAGAAACAAUGGAUGACUGGGAAGAAUUGUAAAGAAAGUUUGCAGAAGCAGCCUGUGGAGUUUAUAAAUGGAUAAGGAUACAACAUGAAAGACUUGUGAGUUAAGUCUCAUCUUUCUCUAUAAAUAUAGACUGAGGAAAAACUCAGAAAAAUCUAGGAAUCAAGAAAGUUAUUUCCUAGGCACAGACAUUGGUUCUUCAAGCAUUCUGUUCUGUGUAUGGGACUCAGUUUAAGAGACUUUGAACUGUAUUUACUCUUAUUCAUAAUUUAUUUGUAAAUAUGAGAUAAGCUAUGUUAAAAAGAAGCAUUAAUAUGAGGACAGGGCUGUAUUUCAGCCCCUUUUUAAUAAUUGCAUCUCAGGGUGGUCAUGUAAAAUAUUUUUCAUCAUAAAUUCAGCUUCAUCAGAUACUUGAGAAUUAAUACUGAAGAGAAAUUGUAUGUAUUUAGUGAAUGUGGAAAAGCUUUCAUCUUUACCACAUCUCAGUUGACACUUGGAAAAAAUCCCCAGGCAUAACAGGAAUGUUGGAAAGUCUCCAGCCUGAAUCAGAUAUUCUGCAUGAUGAAAUACAUCCUGGAGAGAAACCUUUUGAAUGUAAUGAAUGCAGAAAAACCUUUAGCCUGAAGCAAAACUUUGUAGAGCAUAAGAAAAUGCAUAGUGGGGAGAAAUCACAUGAAUGUACAGAAUGUGGUAAAGCAUUUUCUCGAGUCUCAUCACUUACUCUACAUUUGAGAAGUCAUGCACGGAGAAAGUCAUAUAAAUGUAAUAAGUGUGGAAAAGCCUUCAGCCGGAAGGAAAACUUCCUUUCUCAUCAGAAACAACACACUGAAGAGAAACCUUAUGAAUGUGAGAAAACUUCUAUUCAGAUGACAACCCUCAUUAGACACCAGAGAAAUGCAGGAAAUAAACCAUAUGCAUGUAAAGAAUGUGGGAAAGCUUUUAAUGGCAAAUCAUAUCUCAAAGAACAUGAGAAAAUUCAUACUGGAGAGAAACCAUUUGAAUGUAAUCAGUGUGGAAGAGCCUUCAGCCAGAAGCAAUACCUCAUUAAACAUCAGAACAUCCAUAGUGGAAAGAAACCCUUCAAAUGUAAUGAGUGUGGUAAGGCCUUUAGCCAGAAAGAAAACCUCAUCAUCCACCAGAGAAUCCAUACUGGAGAGAAACCUUAUGAAUGUAAAGGGUGUGGAAAAGCUUUCAUUCAGAAGUCAAGCCUCAUCAGACAUCAGAGAAGUCAUACUGGAGAGAAACCUUAUACAUGUAAGGAAUGUGGGAAAGCCUUCAGUGGCAAAUCAAAUCUCACUGAACAUGAGAAAAUUCAUAUUGGAGAAAAACCCUAUAAAUGUAAUGAAUGUGGAACAAUUUUUAGGCAGAAGCAAUACCUCAUUAAACAUCACAAUAUUCAUACAGGAGAAAAACCCUACGAAUGUAAUAAAUGUGGAAAAGCCUUUUCUCGGAUUACAUCACUUAUUGUACAUGUGAGAAUUCAUACAGGUGAUAAGCCCUAUGAAUGUAAAAUAUGUGGGAAGGCCUUCUGUCAAAGCUCAUCUCUUACUGUGCAUAUGAGAAGCCACACAGGUGAGAAACCCUAUGGUUGUAAUGAAUGUGGGAAAGCCUUUUCUCAGUUCUCAACUCUUGCUUUACAUAUGAGAAUCCAUACUGGUGAAAAACCUUAUCAAUGUAGUGAAUGUGGGAAAGCUUUUAGCCAGAAGUCGCAUCACAUUAGACACCAGAGAAUUCAUACUCCAGAAAAGCCGGCCGAAUGCCCCUAUUGUGGGAAACUCUAUAAACAUGGCUCACGGUUUGCCACCCCUCAAAUAAUCCACACCCUUGAGAAGCCGUAUGAAUGCAAGGACUGUGGCAAAAUGUUUAGACACCCCUCGAGACUUGCUCAUCAUCAGAAAAUUCAUACUGGCAAGAAACCCUUCGAAUGUAAGGAAUGUGGAAAAACAUUUAUUUGUGGCUCAGACCUUACACGGCAUCACAGAAUUCACACUGGUGAGAAACCCUACGAAUGUAAGGAGUGUGGAAAAGCCUUCAGUAGUGGUUCAAACUUUACACGACAUCAGAGAAUUCACACUGGUGAGAAGCCUUAUGAGUGCAAAGAAUGUGGGAAAGCUUUUAGCAGUGGUUCAAAUUUCACUCAACACCAGAGAAUUCACACUGGGGAGAAACCCUACGAAUGUAAGCAGUGCGGCAAUGCCUUCAGCCAGAGUUCACAACUGAUUAAACAUCAGCGAAUCCACACAGGGGAGAAGCCCUAUGAAUGUAAGGAAUGUGAAAAGGCUUUUCGUUCUGGUUCAGACCUUACGAGACAUCAGCGGAUUCACACUGGAGAGAAACCCUAUGAAUGUAAGAUCUGUGGGAAAGCCUAUUCCCAGAGCUCCCAGCUUAUCAGUCACCACAGGAUUCAUGCUGGUGAGAAGCCCUAUGAAUUCAAGGAGUGUGCCAAGAACUUUAGUUAUGACUCACAGCUUGUUCAGCAUCAGAGUUUAUACUGGUGAUGCACCAGAACACACACAACGUUGGGAGAACUCCAAACUACCAGAAUCAACUUGGAAAUCCCUCUGGAUUGAAGAAUGUAGAAGUGUUUUAGGUGUUGACCACAGCUUACCAAGCUGAAGAAAGUGCUGGAGAAAUGCCUAUGAAUACUGUAUAUUCUGGAAGCCUUUUAGUAAGAGCUCUUAGUUCUUUUGACCUAGAUUUUUCAGUCUAGCGAAUAAUUGAAAAAGACAAUGCUUUGACUCCUUUGACCUUAAACAUCAGAGAAUUCAGGUAGAAAUUAAUCCUGUGAUUUUCAUUGUUUCCCUAAUUUUUCUAUAAUUGUUACAUUAACAUUUGAUUUUGAAUUCA